AUGAAUUCGGGCUUUGUUAUGGACGUUGUCGAGCUAGAGUCGUUCGUGAACAGCCCUCCUCGCGGAUUCACUGUCGAGAGUCGCGCGGGCUGCAGAGUCGUGAAGUGGGAUCAGGACAACUGCUGCGUGUUCAUCGAUGAAAUCAGGUCUGGCGAGGGAAACGUGAUUUUCUUCAUAGUUCGUACUUUGGGAGAGUACACAGAUUUGAGACGACAGCUAACCUCAAAAACAAUAUACAUCCUGGUGUCCGCUUGCAGCAAAACAAAGGUCGAAGAAAAGAGAAAAGGAGAUGUUACAGCUCUUGGAUAUUAUGUGGUGGCGAUCAACGGCAGUCAUCCAAUGAUCAGAUGGGAGAUGGAGAGAGGCUUAGAUAUGACUAUUUCAUCUGUUGCUGGAGAGAGUUAUACAGUUGAUGGAUGGGUCGGUGAGAGCUUUCAAAUCCCUGUUGAUGGAGAAAAGGUGAAACCCAUCUGGAAAGACACACAUUUCAUCAUCGAGUACUGUUCUGACGCCCUUUUUGACUUUCCCUACUGGUUCGGCUUCAGCAAACGACAGUUCAAGGUCUCUUACCAUGGAAGAGGAGAUCAACACACAAAAUGUUGUGUGCAACAGCAAAUAUCUACUGAAAACAGGCUUCAUUCUGUGGAAAUUGAAGCCCCAGAUGAGAAGACCAUUAAAACACCUUAAAGGACUGUUUUAUUUUAAAUAAAUCUUUAUUAUGUCAGCAGUAAUACAAAAAAAUCAUAAAGAAAUGGAGAUCUUAAUUAUAAUUCUGUUGAAGCAGAAAGAUUUACAUCCUCACAUUGUAAACUAACAAACUCAAGAUAGUUACAAUACUUUUUUAAAUGGGUCACUUUAAGCAAAAGUGCCCGAAUGUGUUCCAUCCAUUGCUUUAAACGGGUCAUAUCAUGAGGAAUCAAAUAUUCCUUUAUCUUUCCGGAUAACUGAAAUCAAGCCAAACAAAUAAAUAAUUUUGCAACUUUUGAUGUCACACAGAGUAAAACAUCACAUUAUACUCUAAUUUUACACAUGUAUUGUGCUGUGUAGCACCUACACUCUGCAUAUACUUCCAGAGAAUCAGUAGAAACAUGCAGAUAUACUAUACCUAAUAAUUUCAGCCUGACAUUUCAGCACUGAUUAGUUUGUAAUCCUGUCAUGUAAUGCAGACUUUGUAAAGAGGCUGAACUGUUUCACACAACAGAAAACCUGAAAUCAGGUGUGCAAGCAGAACUUGUCACUUUUAAAGGCACAGUAACAAAAAACUGACCAUUCAAAUCUAAAGUUCAGAAUUCAGAGAUGUGAAAUAGGUUACGAAAACUAAACUUUUUUUGGACAAAUCUUUACUAUUUGACCUCAAUGCAAAAAAAAUGAAAGCAUGAUGUGACCCCUUUAAAACAUUUCUUCAAAUACCUUAUACUGGGAUAUUAAUAGUCAAAACAACCUUUUUUAUUUCUUUUGUUGAUUUUUAAAGGUUUGUAAUAUGUACAUAUAAUUUUGCUGUUAAAUGUCGUUCUGACCAUUACUGUGAACGCUUCACUCACUUUUCUUGCCACAUCCUCUCACUAACUAACAAACCAUUAACCAAAAGAUUUUUUUUGGUUAAUGUUUGCACUACUGUUUCAGCUGCUGUUAAAUCUGUAUAGAACUGUUCAGGGCAAGAGCAGAAGGGUUGAUGCUGCUUUGGUGAUGAUCUGAAUGUACUCUUUGUAGUCACUGCCACCGAAGCUGAGCAUCAGGUGAUUUAUGAUUCCCACAGCACACAUGAGUGACAGGAAGAAAAGAAUGCGUUUCCCGAACAGGAAGCCGGGAGUGCUGUCAGGCAUACAAGCAGAAUAUCUGUUCACAAGUCUGGCGUGUUUAAAACACAGCUAGGUUACAACAUGUGGUUAAUGUGUCUGUUUAAAACUAAAUCCAGGGUUGAAACCUUUAGGUGAUGUAAUCGGUGAAUGCAACGGUUCAAUGAAUAAACCUUGUAUUGAGAUUAA